AUGGUGAAGAUCAUGUUAUCCCCCGCCUCCUCUCAGCAGCCAGUCCUUGCGGACAACUGUGACGAGGGAGAGCGCUACUUCGAAGCAGUCGCUCCGGGGGGCGAUCUGAGCAAGAUCUCUGCAGGAAUCCAGCUUGCUGUGGACCCUUCAGCGUGCACGUUCUGGUGUGCGGUUGCUCUCGGGGCGCUCGUGAAGGGUAGCCCGAUCGAAUCGGUAUGAAAGGGCGUGUCGUUUUCCAAGGCAUAAGUGUGAGAAUGAGUUGUUGUUUGCCAAAUAUUCCGGCCGUUUCUCGCACGUCAUUGAGGUCACUAUUUGCCGUAGGGUGCCGUCGAGGCUUGUUCGUCCGUGUGACAGACCUCCGUCUACACAUUUGGUGCCUCGCUGCCGCAGGUGACAAGUUACGCCCAACUGGCAGAAGAAGCGCUUGCCAAUAGCAAUUCCGGUCCCGGAAACGCCGAGGUCGCGAAGGCAUGGGUAAUUCUGGCUAACCUGCACGGCUUUAUGGGAGACAAGGAGCGGUUCAAGAAAUACCUGGCUCUUUCGGACUCAUUCUUGAGAAGUUCUAUCGAGCAAGGGUCAACGGAUACCCUUCCAGUGGGUUUCGCCGAGAUCGUCAAGUUCAAAGACAUCGCCAACGUCUCCUGUGGAAAGUGUCAAGGGGAGCCUUUUCCUGUCCAAGAAGAAUCCGUUCCUCCACCUCAGCUAAACGAGGCUGCUACCGAAGUCGAGCUGUAUCGAUACGUCUCUC